CUAUCACUAUCCAGCAAACCUCACCCCACGUGCCUGCGCGCACCCACAGAUAUCACUAGACCCUAGGCUAUAUAGCUGCAACGUGUCCUCCAGUCUACAACUUCGGCGCAACCCCCAAUGCAGCACCAUUGACCAGCAUCAUGGACGAACCCCUCUCAAAGAGGCGCAAGACGUCUCCCCUAGAAGAUAUCGACCGAUCAUCAAGCCCCUUGAAGCAACCCCCGCGUCGCGGCAUCACGCCUCUAGACGCGGACAGGUCAACUAGUCCAUUAAAGAAGCCUCCACGCCGUGGGUCGUUUCAAUCCUUCGCAUCACCCACCAAGGCCAGCCUCGCGCGUCACAAUCCGGGUCUCCUACUGCGCCCAACAUCCGCCGGCUCUACGACGUCAAGAGAAGAAAUACGCGCGAGAGGGAAACAACGACCUGCUUCGCUUCUUGGGGAAGCAGAAGGACCGUCCCAGGUGGAAGAAGCUCCUAGAAGCGAUGAUCAGGAACAAACAACGGCGGCAUCACUCCCGUUAGAGAAUGUAGACGAGGAAGAGGAGGACUUGCCAGCAACAUCAUCUGCUAUGGCGCUGUCAUGGCAGGGUACACCGCGUCGAGGCAUCUUGGCUAAUUCUCCGAGCAAGCCGCCUCCACGACGGAAAGCUCCAGUCAAGCCAUCCCUUUUCAAAUCGAGGGCCCUUCAAGAGCUCCAGAACGUGCGUUCGGGGCCGCCUCCAGCUGAGCCCGUAAAUGACGAGGCCGCUCAAGGUGGAAAGACGAAAGAGCCUUUCAAUCUGGAGCUGGAGAAAAAGAAACAGGAGAAAGCUUUAUUAGAGCGCGAACUCAAGGAGUUGGAAGAAGAUGUGGCACGCUGUGUCGAAGAAGUCCGCAAGGGGCAGAAUCAAAAUACCCCCGACGUUCUUCUCUCUAGCGAGCUGGACGACUUGAUAUCCUUUAUUAACAAGAUUUGUGGCUUGGCAACCACCGACGAACAGCCUCUACCCGUGUCCGUACUUCUCUGCUCCUUCCUCCCAUUCACCACGCUCCCUAUCCCUCCGCCCCUGAAGAACGGAGAGCAAGAGAAGCCAAUUCCCUCCCACGAACCCCUCGAGCUUGACGACCCACUACCCUACCUCCAACUGUUCACGUCCUUCAAGUUCACAAAUCGCACCACCCUCCCGAACCUCUCAGGCUUCUCCCCUUCCUCCUCAACAAUGCAUCAACAACACACCAUCGACAUCACCGGACCGCAGAAGCUCCUCUGCAGCACCAUCUCAAUAAAAAUUGACGCCCAAACCCACCAAAUUCUCUCGCUGCAAAUCCCACGUUUGUCCCCUUGGGCCGAGCGUGAACUCGGCCAAUUCAUGCGUAGAAAGGCGCAAUCCAUGGACCUCGGCACCGUAGCAUGGGCAAUGCAAUCGUACUGGGAGAUUGCGAAGAAACGCGCAGAAUACUGGCAUAAAUGCGAGAGGGACUUCUCACGAUUGAUAGUCGGGCGUAUGAGUGAUGACACAGAGAACAUCGGCCACAAAGCAAUUGAGAAGUCCGACCGAAAUGUCCGUAUGACACGACAAGAAAUGCGGCGGCAUUUAGGAAGAGACGUCUUGACUCUGCAGGACAAACAUAUCCUGCUGAAAAUUCGCUGGAGUAUUGGAUUUGAUUGGUCGGGCGAGGCCGAAUCAGUUGUUUAUGUUGAACCGGCGUUGCCGAGAGUUUGGACCGAAGGGGAUUCCCAAAACAGCCUGUCCCAAAUCCCGAAGACUUUCGACGCUCUGCUGAGAACGAGAGGCGCGUUUGGAGCAACACAGAUUCUAAUUGCCAUGUUAUUCUUCGACGAGUCAUAACGGAACUAAGCCGCUACAGUUUUUGAAAGCGGGGAAGGUGGAUGCUUGGGAUGACCCUACUUCCGGAAGUCGUGAGUGCGGAAUAUGUACGACAAUGCAUUCGGUAUUUUGUUUGUGUGAUGAUGCAUAUAUGCUACGAUGCUUAU